AUGCCGCCUCUAUCAAAAUCCGAGAAUGUCUGUACUGGCUGCAGAUCGAGGAAAAAGAAGUGCGAUGGCAAGCGUCCAUGCUGUUCACCGUGCCUCCGAAGAGGUGAAAUAUGUCUCUACAGAAUUUCAUUUGUUGGCCCGGCUUGGGGUUUUCUUGGUUCCAAUCCGUCACUCAACCUAGACUUCGAGAAUGGUCCAAUUUCUACCAACAAUGAGCCUCAGCGCCCCCUUACAACCAUCCAGUUUCCAAUAACUGAGGCUCCUUCAGAAUACACUGAAUCUGGAGUGUUUGGAAUUACAAACCCUCCCGCUUUCAGUGAUUUCGGGACAAGUCGAGAACAACCGCCGAGUACCCCUUUCAUGAGCUCGCAUCAACCAAUUUCACUGCCACCCCCAAGUGUUCUUCGAGAACUGAUUGACAUAUUCUUCGAAAGAAUAUAUGUUUACAUUCCAGUCCUCCACAAACCCCGAUUUCUAGCAGAACUAAACAGCAAAGGCCUAGAAGGGUGCUCACAGGCGCUUCUCUUUGCCAUCUGUGCCGUCUCAGCCGCGAGACACACCAAUCCCGGCAUACGAGAAUUGCAGCGCAGUUGGUAUGAUGUGGCAAGAGAGACGCUUUCAAAAUCACUCCAUUCUCCAGAUGAUGUUCUGGCUACUCUACAGGCUGCCGCUAUUAUCAUCUACCAGGCCAAUAUUUUCACCGAAUACUCGACCGCAUGGUUGUUGGUUGGCGAUGCCUGGAGAAUUGCCGUGGUGACAGGGUGCGCACGAUUAGAUAGGAAUUCUCGAUCUACGCCACUGAAACUAGACUUGCAAGUUGGAAACAGCUGGAUGCAAAAGGAAGAAUGCCGACGGGCUCUCUGGAUGCUCUUCAUUUUCGACCGUGGACUCUGCUCGUUGGAUCUUGCACUAGUCGUUGACGACCAACAACUGACUAUCAAUCUUCCCAUGGCCGAUGACAUCUUUUCCAGCGAAGAUGAGCCAACUGACAUUGAGCCUAUUGGCUACACUCCAAGUAUCGACAAGCUCAUGGAUACAAUAGAGAAAGAGAUUCGUCAGGGCAACAACAUAAACAUUCGCCAAUUUAUCGUAGCGGCGUAUAUGCUCCUUGGGCGUAUUGGAAGCGAAGUUUAUCAAAAUGAAUUCGACUAUUCUAAGGGUACUUCCGUGUUGGACUCUUUAAGUGAAGCUCUGAUAAGACUCAGGCUUCUUAUACCCCCAGAGGCCACAGAGCUUUCUUUUGCCGAUCCUAGACAUUUCAAGCUUGUGAUCUGGCUCAAUGCCGUCAUGGCAGCUAACGCCGUCUUCCUUUAUCAUCAGCCUCUUCUUGAUGGGGAGAGCUUUGGUGAGCCCAGUGGAAUGUCCAAAAAUUGGCCUCAUUGUGUUGCUGCCUCCCAGAACCUGGUCGCGGGGCUACGAGACAUGUGCAGAUCCUCCACCGACUUUGCCGAUAAUGCUUUCCUGGCAUCUCUAGUAUAUACCGCUAGUCGAAUAUUGAUGAUUGAGUAUAUUCUAUCAUCUGGCAAUACGAAUUCUCGACAGUCAGGGAGUUCCUUUAAUGUGUCAUCUAGAAGUCAGAAUCUAAAAGCUGAUGUUGACCUUCUUUACCACAUCUUCCGCCAUUUCAAAGUAUCGCUAGGUUGUUUGGGGGAGCAAUUCUAUGAUGCGUUUGUUCAGUCCAUGACAAUUGAUGAGGAGCAUUCCCGGGCCGCCAAGGCGGGUUCAUUGCUCGAUAUGCUCCGCAUCUGCGAUCGGUGGCCGUCAUAA